AUUACCAGAAAAGGAUGCGCGCAUUACUUCAUGUAGUUUUAUUUCCAUCAAUUGAUUAAAUGCAACAAAGAUCUAUCCAGGACUCAAAUAUUAUUUACAGAACUGGGAGAUAUGGGGGAGCAUGUACCAUUCACGUUUUGGAUACGCGCGCACUGUUUAUUUGAAGGUUCGCUGAUUAGCCGAGUGAUUCCGUAAGUAGCCGAGGAUUGCCGAAUCAUCUGUCCUGCCCGGACAGAAGCGGCUGCAACGCCAUGUUGGCGAAGUCUCUCAUUUCUGUGAGAAAAAAAUGAUAGAACACAUUAUUGCCGAGAAGAAAAGAUAGAUCGCAAAAAGGAGGUUGAGAACCGCGUCAUUAAUUUGAUUUGAAAGGAACGAACCGAGACGGACCCGCAGAGGUUCCGGACGGACAAGGGAGGCUAAACCUCCCACCGUCCCCAUGAAUAGCACCGCUGAUCCGAACAGCGACUUUUCAUGAAAAAAGACGUUUGUAUUGCUUUUCGAGCUUCGUUAUCCCAGUUCCAGUAACGGGAUUUGGGGCAUGCUUCAAGCAACGCUUGCUUUAUGUAUGCAAGCUAAGCUUUGUUUAUAUCAGUAUUAAGGUAUUGUUUUACUUUUUGAUUUUUUUUUCUUGCGAUGAGUUUGCCAUCGAAAGUGGUCCCUAAGCCCGCCGCUGUCGCAGUUAGCGGACCUGGAAGUGGCCCCUCUCCGUCGAGUCAACUACGGGCUACCCUGACCUCCGUGUCUCUGCCGCCUGGAGCCCCAACUGCACCUCAGCCUGGUGCCGUUCCACCUCCAAUUCCUCGUGUUCAGCCCUCUCUGGACGACCGGAUCUUCCCCACACAGCCUGGAGUUGCUGUUUACAGCGUACCCAGACAUACCGGCCCAACCUUCACGGGCCCUGACAUUACAAAGGGACAUCCUAACUUGGCGGGAACCCCGCCUGGUCAUGCCCACUCACCAGCACUCUCUCAGGUAUCAGUACCCACCGCUUCUCCAUAUCGCUACCCUAAAGGCUGGGAGACAGGAGGUGGGUCUCCAUAUAACCCUGUGCAAAACGCUGGUUCGGCUCCUUUAGUGUAUUCCCCCCAGACGCAGCCAAUGAAUGCACAGCCACAGAGUCGCCCGUUUGCUACGGGCCCUCGACCAACACACCAUCAGGGAGGAUUCAGACCCAUCCAGUUUUUCCAGAGGCCUCAAAUGCAGACUGCAAGGCCCACCAUCCCAGCAAACACACCCUCCAUACGGCCAUGCUCGCAGGCUCCCACGGCUACAGUCUACCCUGCUAAUCAACCCAUUAUGAUGACCAUGGCACCCAUGCCUUUUCAUUCCCCACAGGCUGCACAGUACUACAUCCCACAGUAUCGACCCAGUACACCCUUUGUGGGACCUCCACAGCAGUAUUCUGUACAGCCUCCAGGCUCUGGCACCUUCUACCCUGGUCCCGGACCAGGGGAGUACCCCGCCCCAUAUCAUGCCCUCAGGUACCACCCUCCAGUCUCUCCCUCUGUACCCGCUCCCGUCCCCACAGCUGGCUCGCCCUUUUACCCAGGACAGACACUGUUCCCCCCCUCGCCCCCCAUCUUAGUGCCUACACAACAUUCAGCCAAGCGUGAAAAGAAAACGAUCCGUAUUCGUGACCCAAAUCGAGGUGGCAAGGAUGUAACGGAGGAGAUCUUGGCAGGGGGCUCAGGAAGCAGGAAUUCAACGCCUCCUAUCGGCCCCCCUUUCUCCACCCCGACCCCUCCACAGCAGCUGAGCAGCAGCCAGACUCCAGAGCAGCAGCAGCAGCAGGCUCCGCCCACUCAGCAACAGCAAGUCCAUCAUCCCAGUGGCCAGGUGUUGGAGCCGCCACAGAUCCCACAGUCACAGCCGCCGCUGACAACUGGGGCUGCAGAGACCAAACCAGUUGACCUGCCGAAAUUGGAGCCAGUUGUCCAGAAGUCUUCCUCUCCUGGGCUCGUGCAGCCUGAAGCUCCGUUGGAGAGACUGGAGGCCAGUGUUCCUGUGUCUGAGCCUCCUGCGUUGGCGGAACCAGUUCUUCCCCCCCACGUCCCGCAUACCGCCAUGGUCACGCUACCACCAGCAGUGGCCAGCAUCAGCGAAUGUUCCUCAGUCAGGGAGUCCACUGCUUCAGCCUCAUCCCCACCUUCCUCCUCUGUUGGGGAGAACAAAACCUCUCUGGGAGCGCCUCCGAUGCCCAACGUAGAAAAGCCUCUGUCAGAAACCCCCCGAACUUUAGCUGCUUCUCCAUCGCUGGCCCCCAAGGCUCUGAACGGCCUUGUGGAGCUCGGGGCUGAGCUGAACACGGCUGCUCACGAGGCCCCGCUCCUGGCCUCAGCUGUGCUACUUUCCCAGGUUUCUGCUCCUGUUUACAGGGAGACCUCCCCCGUCGAAGCCCUGCCCUCUGACACGAGACCAGAGGUGCCGGUCGUCGCCGCGCUCUCCCCUCUGUCACCUGUGGCUGUGGUGCCAGUCACCCUCAUUUCUAGCCCAUUACCAGCUGUGCCAGUUAUGCUCCCUCCUGGCCUUCCGCCUCUAGUGCAGGCCACAACAGAGGCCGAUGAGCUGAGCAAAACAUUAGACACUAAAGAGCUUCUCCCCAGCGGAGGGCCUGAGACCCAAGGGGACAGCAAUGCAGAGUUCCAGCUACAAGCACUUAGCAGGAAGAGUCUCACUACAGUUGAUCAGGCUCCUUCCACCAUACCAAAGACCUGGAGAAAACCAAACGAGGUGAUUUAUGCUGGAGACAUACCUCAAAAGGAAGCUGAGGACGAGCACAAGGAUGUCGAUCAGCCUGCUGGAGACCAGGUCCGUUACUCGGCUCCUCUGAGCUGCAGCCCCCUUCUGCUGACACCAGUCUUCCCCUCCGUUGCUGGUCCCAUUCCUGCUUUUGCCAGCAGCCCCCAGGCCGAUGGGAAGCCGGCCACUCCGGAGGAAAGCAGUGAUGCGGAGCUGGAGCCCAUGAGGAAUGGAGCGGGUCACACCUCAGAGACGGAGAGCAGCGACAGCGGCGUCACCCCUGGAGACAAGGAGAACUCGACGGGAGCUCCACAGGACCUAGAAGACCUGGCUGAAUCCAGUGGGAAGCGGCAGUACAACAGAGACUUCCUGUUAGGCUUCCAGUUCAUGCCUGCAUGCAUACAGAAACCAGAUGGGCUCCCACCAAUCAGCGAAGUGGUAUUGGACAAGAUGAACCAAAACAAGCUUCAGCCUCGAGCGGUGGACUCCAGGGUGAUCUCCAGAGGACCUGAUUUCACACCUGCUUUUGCAGAUUUUGGGAGGCAGACGGGAGGACGAGGCGCUGCGCAGCUCAUGAACAUUGCGGCUCGACGGAUCACACCCAGAAAGAUCAUCAUGAACGUGUCCGUUGAAGAUGUUUUUCUGAAUAAAGCGGAGAACGCCUGGAAACCCGGCUUGAAGAGGGAGGGUCCAGCAGAGGAUCCGGAGAUGCAGCAAACGCAGGAGCUCUUCAGGAAGGUUCGGAGCAUCCUGAACAAACUGACUCCUCAGAAGUUCAACCAGCUGAUGAAGCAAGUGACGGAUCUGACCAUCGACACAGAGGAACGGCUUAAAGGUGUCAUCGAUCUAGUGUUUGAGAAGGCCAUCGACGAGCCCAGCUUUUCUGUGGCUUAUGGAAACAUGUGUCGCUGCCUCGCCGCGCUCAAAGUGCAGAUGACGGACAAGCCCAAUUCCACAGUUAAUUUUCGCAAAUUGCUGCUAAAUCGCUGCCAAAAGGAGUUUGAGAAGGACAAGGUGGACGACGUGGUGUUUGAGAGGAAGCAGAAAGAGCUGGACUCGGCUGCAUCGGCGACAGAGCGUGAAAGGCUUCAGGAGGAGCUGGAGGAGGCCAAAGACAAGGCCAGGCGGCGUUCCAUCGGCAACAUCAGGUUCAUCGGCGAGCUCUUUAAGCUGAAGAUGUUGACUGAGGCCAUAAUGCAUGACUGUGUGGUCAAGCUGCUGAAAAAUCACGACGAAGAGUCAUUGGAGUGCCUGUGCAGGCUGCUCACCACCAUCGGGAAGGACCUGGACUUCGAGAAGGCAAAGCCUCGAAUGGAUCAGUACUUCAAUCAAAUGGAAAAAAUAGUCAAGGAGAGGAAAACGUCAUCUAGGAUCCGGUUUAUGCUGCAAGAUGUGAUAGACUUGAGACUGCACAACUGGGUGUCCAGAAGAGUUGACCAGGGCCCAAAAACCAUUGAGCAGAUUCAUAAAGAGGCCAAGAUUGAAGAGCAGGAAGAGCAGAGGAAGGUGCACCAGCAGCUGCUCUCCAAGGACAGCAAGAGACGGCCAGAUCCCCGGGAACAGAGGGAUCAGCGGAUGCAGAGAGAGGAAACCUGGAACACUGUGCCCAUGACAAAAAACAGCCGGACCAUCGAUCCCAAUAAGAUCCCAAAGAUCUCUAAGCCUCAGAUGGAUGAGAAGAUCCAGCUGGGCCCGCGGGCUCAAGUCACGUGGGUGAAGGGCAGCAGUGGAGGAGCCAAAGCCAGUGACUCUGAGCUGUCUCGGACUGCUGGUCUGAACCGUUUCUCUGCGCUGCAGUCCACACCUCUACCUCAGCCCUCUACCACGUCUCCACAGAACCCAGACUGUGACUCCAGGAGAACUCUGGGAAGCAGUCGUAGCAGCACGGUCAGAGGAGGUAGUGAGAAGCCACUGGUCUCUGCCCCGCCAUCGGCCCGACCCGGCCUGUUCAUCAGGGGGGGCAGUUCCAAAGAGCUGCCGGAGGUUCAAAACACAGAGGAGCGAGACGUAGCAGAACCUCGGAGGCCGAGUGUUACCGAAGACAAAACCGAGCCAGAGCGCAGCCGAGCCAGGGAACCCGUGAAACUGGAGCCAGUGGUUCAGAACCAGGAUAGACCUGCCCUGUCUGACGAGGAGAUUGAGAGGAAGUGCAGGUCCAUUAUUGAUGAGUUUCUUCACAUAAAUGAUUACAAGGAGGCGAUCCAGUGUGUGGAUGAGCUGGACCUGGGCCCUCAGCUGCACAUCUUUGUGUGCGUCGGGGUGGAGUCCACCCUGGAGCGCAGUCAGAUCACACGGGACCACAUGGGCCAGCUCCUCUUCCAGCUGGUGCAGCAGAGAUUCCUGCCCAAACCCCAGUUCUACAAAGGGUUUGCAGACACGUUGGAGAUGGCGGACGACAUGGCCAUCGACAUUCCCCACAUCUGGCUGUACCUGGCUGAGCUGCUGAGCCCCGUGCUCAAGGAGGGGGGCUUCUCUAUGAGAGAGCUCUUUAGUGAAUUAAGCAAACCUUUGCUUCCUGUUGGAAGAGCUGGGAUCUUAUUCUCUGAAAUAUUGCACAUACUAUGCAAACAUAUGAGCCAUAGGGCUGUGAGUUCUUUAUGGAGGGAAUCUGGCCUCAAGUGGGCCAACGUUCUGCCAGAGGGAGAGGAUGUCCAGGCCUUCAUCUCACAGCAGAAACUUCAGUUCCUUCAGUUGGACAACUCAAUGUCUGAUGAGGUUCAGACUAAAAGAAUCUUGUCUCCCGAGGAGCUGAGCCAGCAGCUAGAGAAACUCCUCCUGGAGGACAUGGCCAGUGAUGAGCAGAUCUUUGACUGGGUAGAGGCAAACCUCGAUGAAGCUCAGACGAGCUCGUCCCCCUUCCUGAGGGCUUUGAUGACAGCUGUGUGUAAGGCAGCAGUGAUAGAUGAAAAUGCCAGCUGUCGCGUGGACACGGCCAUCAUCCAGAAAAGGUUGCCUGUGUUACUCAAGUACCUUAACUCAGACACUGAGCGACAGCUGCAAGCACUUUAUGCACUUCAGGCACUGAUCGUUUCCCUCGAUCAGCCUCCAAGUAAGUGCUGCAACAAAGUAAACACAGACCUUCUUCGGAUGUUCUUCGACUGUCUGUAUGAUGAGGACGUCAUCUCAGAGGACGCCUUCUACAAGUGGGAGACGAGUAAAGACCCUGCCGAGCUGGAGGGCAAAGGCGUUGCCCUCAAAUCCGUCACAGCCUUCUUCACCUGGCUGCGGGAGGCAGAGGAGGAGUCGGAGGAUAAUUGAUAAGGGAGACGUCCGGAAAACGGCGUAGAACUACAUCCCUAACAGCAGAACGGACUUUUAAAAGGCUGUGCAGACAGGACGACGUGUUUACGGCUGGAAUUUAAUUUGUUUUUGUGUCUUUUUUUUUUCUUCUUCUGCGACACGGUUCUGAAACAUGCCGCCAUCUUGAGUUUGGAUUCCGACGGUGGAAGCACUAAAUAUCUGUAUCAUACAUAGAAAAUAUUUUUGUUUUAAAUUUUAACUUACUUUUUUUGUUACUUUUUAAGAAGAGACUUAAAAAUACAUAGGUUCUGGACUCCUUAAUUUAUUAUUUUUUUAAGGACUGCAAAUAUGAAAGUUAUUUAACCUUUGCAGAUGCUCACAACAAGGACACAACAAUAUAAAUAACAUUACAGUUAAUUAUAAUAACACAGUAGUUGCGAGAUGGGCAUCUUCCCUGGAUUUCACACCGUUUGGUUUUGAAAACGGGGUUCAACAGCAUUAGUCUGAGAAGAAUGGGGAGCAACAAAGGAGGGAAUAAACAUGAACUAUUAACGCUGUUAAAGGUCAGAGGUUGUCUUGGAAUAACCAAGAGGUGUUCCCUGAGCCUCAACUUGCUGUGUUAAUAUGAACACAUGCCUCGAGAGAGGUAGAAGUGUGCAAAUCAUAACUCAAACUACGCAGAACAAGGCGAAACUUAACUAAAGUUAAAUUUCACAAAGCAAAAGGCCGGGGCCGCUGACCCAAGAUGCUUGUAAUUCUUAAGCCCUACAGAGCAGUUUAAAGCUUGUAAAUAAAUUAAAGACAAAAAAUGUAUUUAAAAA